CAGAAAGGCAUGAUAAUCAAAUGGGCCAUCCUAGGCAGUCUCUUCGCCUUCUUCAUGCUCUGGUUCAUCGGCGGCUACAUCCACGCAAAGCGGCGUCUAAAAGCCGGCAAGCCUCUACUCGCAUACCACCGCUUCCUCGUCUCCUGGCAAGAGCGCAAACGCUACGGCCAAACCCCCCAAAACCACUUCACCUUCUACGCAACCCAAAAUCCCUAUCAGACCCGGCCGCCCUACCAGCAACGCCAGGACGGCUCCUGGCCCGAGCCACCGCCCAUGUACAACGGCGGCGAUGCGCCACCGCAGUACUUCGCGCCGCCGGGCGCCACGAAAGUGAACCCCAAUCAAAGCGGCCAGCAGAUGGAGAUGCCGCAGUAUGGAGCGCCGGUGGCGCAGGGGCCGCAGCAGAAUGGUGUUGUCGGUGGUAAUGGUGGUAAUGGGGGAGAUGUUGAACAGGGGGGCAGUCAGGCGCUACCGCCUAGGCCGCCGCAGAAGGCGAAGGCGGUGUUGAAGGGGUUUACGGAUCGGUUUAGGAAGUAG